AUGAGCACCGACACGCAAGUUCAACGCUGGCAAACCCGCCAAGACGGGCUGAACAAGCUCUUCCUCGCCACGGCGUCCCUGCCGCAGCCCGGACCCGACGAGGUGCUCGUCAAGAUCAGCGCCGUGUCUCUCAACUACCGAGACACGGAGGUGGCCAUGGGCCUCUACAACCACCACAAGACAAUCAACCCGGCCGAGACGGAGCCAAUUGUUCCAGCAUCGGACAUGUGUGGCUCCGUCGUCUCUGUAGGCGACGGCGUCAGCAGAUGGAAGGCUGGCGAUCGCGUCGUUUCGAUCUUCAACCAGACGCAUAUCAAGGGCCAGAUUAAGCCUGUGGAUAUGAAGAGCGGUCUCGGUUUCCCGUUGGAAGGUGUUCUGCAGACGUAUCGCGUCUUCUCUGCUGAGGGGUUGGUCAAGGCGCCCAAGCACCUGAGCGACGAAGAGGCCGCGACUCUUCCCAUUGCUGCUGUGACGGCUUGGAUGUCAAUCAACCAGUUCCGACCUCUGAGUCAGCCUGGUGGCCAGGGCGAAGUUGUGGUCUGUCAGGGAACUGGUGGUGUGGCUAUUUCGGGGUUGCAAAUCGCAAAGGCUUCAGGAGCCACGGUCAUCAUCACUUCUUCCUCGGACGAAAAAUUGGAAAAGGCAAAGGCUCUUGGGGCGGAUUACACUGUCAACUACCGGACCACACCCAACUGGGACGACAAAGUCAACGAGUUCACCAACGGCGAGGGCGCUAACCUCAUACUCGAAACCGGCGGGGCGAAGACGCUGCGACAGUCCUUUGAGGCGAUUGGCUUCGGCGGGCAGAUUGCGUGCAUUGGGUAUCUCUCUGGUAAAGUCGACGACGUAGAGGACCGGACAAAUGUCAACCUGCUCGCGCUGAAGAAGACGGUGACACUCAAGGGCAUAAUUAACGGUCCGAGGGAGCGGUUCGAGGAAAUGAUUGACUUUUACGAGGAGAAGGGUAUCAAGCCUGUCGUGGACCGGGUGUUCCCGUUCAAGGAGGCGGAUAAGGCGUACAAUUACCUGCACAGCGGAGGACACUUCGGCAAGGUUGUCGUCAAGGUCCAGGAAUGA